AUCUUGUGAAAGCUAGAGAAGAUUUUUCCACCUGUAUUUUUCAACUCAAUGGAACACUUGCCAGUUCAUCUUCCACAUGAGGCAAAGGUUGGUGGUCCCGUCCAGUACAGGUGGAUGUACCCAUUUGAAAGGUUUCUUAACCAUUUGAAGCGUAAGGUUGGAAAUAAGGCACGUGUAGAAGGCUCCAUAUGCAAUGCUUACCUAAUGGAGGAGAUUACGAACUUUUGUUCCCACUAUUUUCAACCUGAGGUUGACACCAAAGCAAGGGAUCUAGGAAGAAAUGUCCAUUCGGUUGUUGAGAACCAACAUGACGUUAAUAUCCCCGAGAUGUUCAGGGUGGAUUGUGGUCGUGCACCUACUAAUGGCCGUUUGCGCUUCUUGCAAGACAUGGAGUAUGAUCGAGCACAUCUUUAUGUGCUUGCAAACAGUGGCAUCUUAGGUGAAUAUGAAAGGAAAUUUGAGGAGCACAUUCUCCAAACUCAACCUCACAUAGUAAUGGAGGAUAUUUGGAGUAAAUGCGAAGCCCAGUUCCCUGAAUGGUUUAAAUCACAUGUUCUCCGGUCUUUGAGUCCUAAUGAUGUGACACGGGCGCUUGCGAUGGGCCCCUCUAGACAAGUAAGGACAUGGAGCCGGUUCUAUGCGAAUGGAUAUAAUUUUCAAACUCAUGACUACGGCAAACACAAGUCAACUAUGAAUUAUGGAGUGUGUGUACAAAGUCCUGAUGAAGUUGACUACUUUGGCAUUUUGGAGGAGGUGGUUGAACUUUCUUAUUGUGGUAAGCUUCAAGAGUACAAGACAAUCUUGUUUAAGUGCAGCUGGAUGGAUUCCGUGAAGGGUAUGAACAUUCAUGAACAAUACAAACUUGUUGAGGUCAAUCAUUCUAAGAGAUACCCAAAGUAUGACCCGUUUGUAUUGUCUUACCAAGUUAGUCAAGUAUACUUUGCACACUACCCCAGUUUGAAGAGGGAUAAAGCCCAAUGGUGGGCUGUGUUUAAAACUAAGGCAAGGUCUGUGAUUGAUGCUCCGGUUGACUUAGACUUUCUACAAGAAGAUGCAAAUGAGGUUUCUUCAGCUCUUUGUGCUCCAGAUGAGAUCCCAGAUUAUGAAGAUCAAGAUGAUGAUGAUGAUGAUGACGAUAUUAAUGAUGGUGAUGCUGAUAGUAUGAGUGAUGAGGAUGAGGAUGAUGAAGAUGAGGAUGAGGAUGAUGGUGAUGAUGACAUUGAUGAUGAUGAUGACGAUGGUGAUGAUGAUGAUGCUGAUGAUUCUGAUGGAUACGACGAUUAACUUGAUAUUGCUGAUUUUGGUCCUAUUUGGUUGUUUAAUUUUAGGUUCAAGAAAUAUUAUGUAGUUGUUUGGUAAACUUAUGAUUGGAGUUUGACAUGUGUUGUCUUUUAUGAUUGAACUUUGAAUUAUGUUGUUGUUUAUUGAACUUAU